UCGUCACCGGAGCCGCUGCUGCACCACCUCCGCUGGUGGGUGGAGGGCUCACGGGCCCGGUUCCGUCGCGUUCCCCCGGAGAAGGCACCGAGUGAGUAGCUUCAUCUUCUCUCCUCACGCACAAAGGACCGAAAGCAUGUCGACACCUUCACGUCACAGCCGGAGGUGACCACUGAAGGAGGCAUGUGGAGGAUAUUCCGGCUUCCAGCCGGCGCGCGUCCCUCCGGUACCGACAGCCGGCCGCCUCGCGCCGCCCUGUAGCCGGACCAGAGCUCCUCGCGCCGCCCACCUUUUGACUUCAUGAAGAUCCCCGACAUCGGUGAUGUGAUGAAUAAAUUUGAAGUCCUUGGGAUUGUGGGUGAAGGUGCCUACGGUGUUGUUUUGAAGUGCCGACACAAGGACACUAAUGAAAUCGUGGCCAUAAAGAAAUUCAAGGACAGCGAAGAAAAUGAGGAGGUCAAAGAAACGACGCUGCGGGAGCUCAAGAUGCUCCGCACCCUGAAACAGGAGAACAUCGUGGAGUUGAAAGAGGCGUUCCGAAGACGAGGGAAGCUGUAUCUCGUCUUUGAGUAUGUGGAGAAGAACAUGCUGGAGCUGCUCGAGGAGUUGCCCAAUGGCGUGGCGACCGACAAAGCGCGCAGCUACAUCUACCAGCUGAUCCGGGCGAUCCACUGGUGCCACAAGCACGACAUCGUGCACCGAGACAUAAAGCCAGAGAACCUUCUCAUCAGCUCCGACGACGUCCUCAAGCUCUGUGACUUCGGCUUCGCACGGAAUCUCUCCGAAGGGACGGACGCCAAUUACACCGAGUACGUGGCCACGAGAUGGUACCGCUCUCCAGAGCUCCUGCUCGGGGCCCCCUACGGGAAGGCCGUGGACAUGUGGUCCGUGGGCUGCAUCUUGGGGGAGCUGAGUGACGGGCAGCCUCUGUUCCCGGGAGAGAGCGAGAUCGACCAGCUCUUCACCAUCCAGAAGGUCCUGGGCCCGCUCCCGCCGGAGCAGAUGAAGCUCUUCUACAACAACCCUCGCUUCCACGGGCUGCGGUUCCCUGCUGUCAAUCACCCCCAGACGUUGGAGCGGAGAUACCUGGGCAUCAUCGGAGGAGCCCUGUUGGACCUGCUGAAGAACCUGCUGCUGCUGAACCCGACGGAGCGCUUCCUCACCGAGCAGAGCCUGAACCACCACGCCUUCCAGACCCUGCGGCUCGUGGAGCGGCCCGGCCCGUCCACGCCGACACCCGUACGCUCGUCCAAGAGGAAGCCUCACCACGGAGACAACACCACCCCCAGCAGGAGCCACGGGGGGAAGAGCUCCGGGAGCCACCGCUCCAGCAGCAGAGAGUGCUCCAGCUUGCCCCGGCACGAGGACCUGCACCCCAGCAACGACGGCUUCCUCAACGGCAACAUGCCGACAGCCAUCAACCUCAGUCCCACGCUGCACCCCAAGAACUACCCGCCGCAGAUCUUCAACCACGCCACCUCGUGCAACGUGGACCUUGCCAGCAGCAACCUGCCUCACCUGCUCAGCCCCGGCGAGGCCAAGAGCAAAGGCGACCUGGGGUCCAAGGUGUCCGACGGCCCCGGGGCCAAGUACCUCAAAUCCAACUUCCGUUCACAGCAGAACCGCCAUUCCUUCGUGGAGGGGAAGACCAACACGCUCCAAUCGGGGGAGAAACACGGUCGUCACAGCUACAUGGAGUCCCACGGCUCCACGCCGUCCUCCAAGUUCGCCUACCUGAACUUGUCCAAGAGCUACGGCACGCUGAGCGACGCCAAGUCGGUGGGGAACCUGAACGACGUGCACCUUUACGCCGACGAGCCCACGUCUCGCUACUUCCCCUCGAGCUGCCUGGACCUCACGGCGCCGAGCAGCCCGGCGGUCCGCCGAGUGGACCGGCUGGGACCCGGAACGGCCGGCAGAGGGAGCACCCGUUCCGAGAGAGAGAGCAACACCCUGGACUCGUCCUACAGGCGCUCCUCCGCCCGCCACAAGUCCUCAGAGGAGGCCAAGUCGGCGGACGUCCUGGUGCCGCCGGAAAGCGUGGCGGUGGAGAGGAGCCACGGCCACUCCCUCUCCGCUCCGCAUGACCCCCUGGCUUACGGCCAGGGCUACACCAGCCCCUUCUCCUCCCAGCAGCGGCCGCACCGCCACUCCAUGUACGUCCGGAGGGACCACCAGAGGACGCACGGGGCGGAGGAGGGGCUGGUGGUGGGGCAGGGCAUGCCCACCAGGGCCAGCAGCCUCCAGCUGCUGUCUCCGCAGCUGCAGCACCGCACGCUGCCUCACCACUCGGGGGGGUCGUCCCGAGAGGAAGACAUGAGCCGGAGCGAGCUGGCCCCCGCCGAGGCCCCCCACAGCAGACCCCCCAUAAGGGACUCCACCAGGGACAACCCCGCCUCCUUUCACGCACAGCGGCAAAAAAACGAGGUCGGCUUAUAUCAUGACCAGCAGACAGAAGACGGGGGCUCGUCCAAAGAGAACCGCAACAUCUACAGCGAGUCCAUGCCGAGGAGGGUGGGCAGCUUCUACCGAGUCCCUUCUCCCCGGCCAGACAACUCCUUCCACGACGGCAGAGCUCAGAGCCGGUCGGGGGACGGCGGCGGUUUGGCAAACCACUCCAAGCGUCAGCCGACGUUCGACCCCUGGACCGGCCCGGAUACCGUGGUGCUGAACCCCUCGGAGCCGUCCAAAGAGAAGGAGAAGCAGGGCUUCUUCAGGGCCAUGAAGAAGAAAAAGAAAAAAUCUCAAAUGAUGCCAGUCCCCGAGGGACGGCCUCCCGUCAUCAGGAGAAGCCUUUUCCCGUUGUUUAGCCCCACCAAUAAGUUAAAGCUUAGCUCCUCGGGGAGCGUCCCCCCUGUCGUGUCCUCUCCCAGGGUUCCCAGUGACGGGGUGGACGCGGUCAUCCAGAAGUCCUCCAGGUCCUCCGGUCACCAGAGCAGCCGCCACAGGACCCGGGACAAGAGCAGAGACCGGGACCAGGACCGGGACAAAGACUGGCCGCCUGAGAAGCCGUCCGACUCACACACGUCUAGUCAGCCUCUGAAGUCUCUGCGUAAGCUGCUGCACCUCUCGUCCUCGUCCUCGUCCUCCAACCCGCCGCCGCAGCCCGACAUGCGCUACCAGCCGCUGCCGGCCCCGGCCUCCGUACAGGGCGGCUUCCCAGAGGGCCGGGGCCACCCGGGGGUCGGCACGCCCCAGCUGAAGAGCCGGCAGGCGGCCUACCCGCUGCCCGGGCAGUUGGAGUCCGGCUGGCACCCGUCGGGGAACCCCUACCCGGAGCAGAUGAGCAUCAAGGGGGGCCAGAACGGGCACGGCUUCGGACGCCCCUCCAGGUCCCGUUUGCCAAACCUCAACGACCUGAAAGAGACGGCUCUGUGAUCUCCUCCUCGGACCGGACUCCUCCGGUUGCUCCUCAAUUGGUCCUACACGCCCCUUGCGUAAUACUACACCUGCUGAUUACACACACACACACACACACACACACACACACACACACACACACACACACACACACAUUCAGUUGUAAACACUGCUUGCAAACGGGCCAAAAGCCUUUUGACGUUUUCGUUUUCUUUUUUAAAGCUUCCAUGUUUGAUAGA